AUGUCCGGCUUUAGCGCGAACAUUCCUGAGAGCGAGCUCUUUGCUUCUGGAAGCAGCGGUAUCAACUUCGACAAGUACCAGGAAAUCCCGGUGAACGUUAAGGGUAGCGAUGUCCCGCCUGUAAUGGAAACGUUUGAUGAUGCGAAAGUAAGCGAUUUGGUGAGGCAAAACAUUCAACGUUCCGGCUACACGAAACCGACACCGGUACAGAAGUAUUCGAUUCCAAUUCUACUCGCUGGAAGAGAUCUGAUGUCGUGUGCUCAAACUGGUUCUGGAAAAACGGCUGCAUUUCUCGUGCCAAUGAUCGACAAGUUUCUUUCGCGCGGUGUCGAGAAGCUUCCGCAGCUAUCUUACCUCAACAACCGUCGCUGUCAACGACCUGUGGGAUUAAUCUUGGCUCCAACGCGUGAACUGGCAAUGCAGAUCUACAAGGAAUCUUGCAAGUUCAGCCAUGCAACCAGGUUAACUGCUGCUCUACUGUAUGGUGGACGCGAGAACUAUCGGGAGCAGAUCAGUCGUCUCCAACAUGGAUGCAAUCUUCUAAUCGCCACUCCUGGACGUCUCAUCGAUGUGGUGCAACAAGGUUACCUCGAUCUCAGCGAAGUGCGCUUUUUUGUUCUGGAUGAGGCUGAUCGGAUGCUGGAUAUGGGUUUCGAGCCACAAAUUAGGCAGAUCGAUUCGUUGGGGCUUCGACCAAAGGACAAACGCACAACUGCAAUGUUUUCAGCUACUUUCCCGUCUGAGAUUCAGGCUCUGGCGAGGGAUUUUCUGCGUCCAGACUAUAUUUUCAUCACCGUUGGACGUGUCGGAUCGACUACCGAAAACAUUAAACAGGACGUACUCUGGGUUGAAGAACACGAGAAGAGGAACAAGCUUUUCGAGAUCUUGCAACAAAGCCGUAACGGUCUUGUGUUGAUCUUUGUUGAAACGAAGAGAGGAGCCUCGGAUCUUGCUUAUCAUCUGAUUCAUUUGGGUGCUCGUGCUGUAUCAAUCCACGGUGAUCUCAACCAAUUUGAACGCGAGCGAAAUCUCUCAUUUUUCAAGAAUGGAAGCUAUCCCAUUAUGGUUGCAACAGCUGUCGCUGCAAGAGGAUUGGACAUUCCAGAUGUGCGCCAUGUGAUCAACUUUGACAUUCCUACCUGCAUUGACGAGUAUGUUCACAGAAUCGGCCGAACGGGACGUGCUGGUAAUCUUGGAGCUGCUACUUCUUUCUUCAAUGACAAGAAUACUUCGCUAGCACACGGAAUUCACAAUAUUUUGGUCGAAGCCAAGCAGGAAGUUCCCACCUGGCUCAUUCAGAUUGCAAGCGGUCCAGUGAUGAAACGUGCAGGCAGUGGAAGGGGUGGUCGCUUUGGUCCCCGCAAUUUCUCGAGCCCGGCUGGUUUCAACUCUGGCAGUGGUGGAUUCGGUGGAUCGGGCGGAGGACAAGGCUUUGGUGGAUCAAAUGGUGGCUUCUCUGGUCGCGCAGCACCGAUGACAUUCACUCGAGGACCAUCAAGCUAUCAACCAACUGUCGGGGGUCCAUCAUCUUUCCAACCGAUGAACAGACAUAGGGAUUCUUGCUCUGGUUUUGGCAACUCCUUUGGUCUGCGGUCGGCGGAACAACCACCGCGUCAGCAACAAUUCAGUGGAUUUGCUCGAUCAUCAGGCGGUCAAUGGGGCAAU